AUGCCGCCCAUGCCCCCUGCACAGGCCGGCAGCGGCGGCGGUGGCGGCAGCGGUGGCCGUGGCGGGGGGGCAAAGGUCAACAACCCCAACUCUAGGACGUCCACGACGACCAUGAGUCAGAUGACGGAGAGCAAGUUCGCCCAGCUGCCGCUCUCCGCGCCGACGCAGCGGGCCAUCGCCGAGGUGCUGGGCUACGUGACGCUGACCAAGGUCCAGAACGACUCCAUCCCUCCGGCUCUUGCGGGACACGAUGUGCUCGCCAAGGCCAAGACCGGAACUGGCAAGACCCUGUCCUUCCUGCUCCCCGCCAUCGAAGGGGUCGCGCGCACCCCUCGCGCUCAGCGUAAGGGCAUCUCGGUGCUGAUCAUCAGCCCCACCCGCGAGCUCGCCCAGCAGAUCGCCGACGAGGCUAACCAAGUGCUGACCUUCCACGACAUGUCUCUCAUCUGCGUGGUGGGCGGAACCAACAUCAAGGCCGACAUCCGGGGCUUCCGCGACAGGCCCGACAUCGUGGUGGCAACCCCCGGGCGCCUGAACGACCACCUCGACAACAACGGGCUCGCCAAGGACAUGGCCGGCCUCUCCCACCUCAUCUUUGACGAGGCUGACCAGCUCCUGGAGAUGGGCUUUCGGCCCGCCAUCGAGGCCAUCCUGCGCUACAUGCCGCACAGCCGCGACCGGCAGACGCUGCUCUUCUCGGCGACAAUGCCCGGCGACGUGCGCAAGAUCGCGCAGCUCGCCCUGAAGGAGAGGUACGAGUUCGUGGACUGCGUCGGGGAGGAGGAGAGCACGCACCAGCACGUGCCGCAGCAGUACACUGUGUGCGGACAGGACCAGCAGGUGGAGGAGCUGUGCCAGCUGCUCCGCGAGAACAUGGCGGCCGACCCUCGCGGGCACAAGAUCAUCGUGUUCUUCACCACGGCCCGCCUCACGCAGUUCUACGCCGAGCUCUGCAACCUCAUGGGCUUCCCGGUGCUAGAGAUCCACUCCAGGAAGAGCCAGGGGCACCGCAACAAGGUCAGCGAGUUGUUCCGCAAUGGCCAAGGGCUCGUCAUGUUCACCAGCGACGUCUCAGCCCGUGGCAUGGACUACCCCGACGUGUCUGCCGUCAUACAGGUCGGGCUGCCGUCCGACAAGGCUCAGUACAUUCACCGCCUAGGGCGUACCGCCCGCGCCGGCAAGGCUGGUCAUGGCGUGCUGCUCUUGUGCGACUUCGAGUCGAUGUUCCUGUCGGAUGUGAGAGACUUGCCCAUGCAGAGACGAGACCCCCUGCCCAAGGCGUCGGUGGCCCAGAUCACCCCCGCCGUGAACGAGGCCUACGACAAGAUGGCCCGCCUUUCGGUCGUCUGCGCCUACCAGGCUUGGCUUGGGUUCUACAACGGACACCUGCGGCGCAUCGGGUGGAGCAAGGCAGACCUCGUCGCGCAGGCCAACUACUGGAUCACCACCAUCUGCCGCCAACAAGAGGUCCCGGGGAUCCAGGCCAAGACGCUCGGGAAGAUGGGGCUCCGCGGGGUGCCUGGAAUCGUCGAAGACCGCAGUCCCCCCAGCGGGGGCGGUCGAAACGGGGGGGGUCGGGGUGGUGGCCGGGGCGGCAGCGGCGGCGGCGGCGGCGGCAGGGGAAGGGGUGGUGGAAGGGGCCGGGGUGGCGGGGUUGGGGGUAGGGGCAGGGGAGGAGGAGGAGGAGGGGGUUACUAUUGAGACAACCUGCGAUGGUUGAUAUGAUAGUCCCAAUAUUUUCGGUUUUGGUGGGCUUGUCCUUUUCCGUCGGUCAGCUGGUUGUUGCUGGUGACGGAAAUGUGCGGGACGCGGAAAUCGCUUGUUAUGGGAAUUUCCACCUUGGUGACGAACAGGUGCUGCGCGUUCAUGUGUUUGGCUAGUAUGAUCCCUCUCGGCUCUACUACGGUGGAGCCCUGUCCAGCCGUGUUUUGGUGUAAGUUGUCGUUCUCGGAAACCAUUGCUUGUGCUCGGGGGUGAAGCCAGGUUUCGUGUGGCCUAUCGAGCACCCCAGAUGGGCGCAAAGGCAGAGAGAGGUUGUGGCUGCACUCUUUUGUUUAGAUUAUUUAUUUUUCUAAGUCGUUGUCGUUUUGUCUGCCGCCGUUCGUUGACAAGAGGCGGCUUUCGUGCAGCCUUGUUGCAUGCAUCGGUUGGCUGGUGUGAUGGGUGUGUACUUUUUAGUUGUCGUUGUUGUUGUCGUUGUCGUGGUGGUUGUUGUUGCUGUCGUCUUCGCGACGUCGACGUCUUGCCCUUUUCGGCUUGCAACGUAGGACUGACUCUGUCGGUGGAAGUUCCCGUGAGUAUUCCCCGACACAGCCCAACAGCCUCGGAAGGGGGGCAUGGACGUAUGCACACUGACUCGUUAGUGUUAUUCCCGUGGGUAUUGUCCGACACAGCUCAAUGGUCGCGUAUGGAGGGGAUGGACGUAUGCGUGCGUUUCGUCCACUUCUGUGCGGAGCGGAGCGGAGCGGAGCGCAGGGGUGUAUCACUUGCAAGGAGGGUACUUACCGAUCCCGCCGCUACUGCUGCUGCGGUCGUUGGGUAUGCAUAUAUGGUUCGGAGUCGGGUGGUUAACUCGUUUGGGAUAGGCGGAGAGUCGGAGGGUCAACCCGUCCUUGUUCUUCCCUCUCCGUUUGCUAUUCUGUCCCGUUUAGGCCAGACUCCGUGUUGCGUUUAGCCGAGGGAAUGUACAUCGAAAUUUUGAGGUGGAUCGUAUGCAUUGAGAUUUUGCUGUUGUUGCGGGUGCUAUAUAUUCACUAGUGUCGCUGUAUGAAAGAGCAUUUGGCUAUUGGACCUGCAGGCGAACAAGGUUGACGUUUGAUUCCCCGUCUCCUGGGACGUUCCAUACGGUGAUUGUCCUUUUCUCUUCUCGGACACGGGGGUGGGAGAGAGAGAGCUGGCACCAUCGGCAAUGAUUGCAUAAAGGAUUUAUGUGGUGACUAAAUAUCGAGUUAAUGAUGUACAGUUUUGACCUUACUUGGACGGUCGGAGCACACGGAAAGCGCUGCACAGAACAUGUUAGGACGUGAUAGAUUUGUUGAAACAUAGUUGAGUUGGCUUGUGACC